AUGUCUAAUCAAUCGAAUAGUAUCCACGACCUUAUCCAACGAAUUCAAAAUGGUCACACUCCAACCGAAGAUUGCAUCAACCACCUUGCGCAUGACUUACUAAAUCAAGGAUUAAGCUACGAUUCAUGUCGUGUCUUUGUAAUUCUGCUGAAUAGGAAAAUACCGUUACCUAGUCUAGUGUAUGACCGAAUUUUCAAUGUCAUUAUCAACAACCACAGUCAAAGAGCAAAAGAGGAGGCAAUUCACUUCAUUGAUUCAUUCGUCGAAGGUGGUGGACAAGCAUCAAGUUUACUUUGGAAUGCACUUUCAACAGCAUUACUAGAUCAUCAAUCAGAAUCAUUACGAACAAGUGCACUGAAAAUUCUCCUUACUGCUAUCAAAAGAUCAAACGGUACCAACCUGAAUCAAUUAUUCUGGAUAAAAAUGUUCACCGCAUUAGAUCAACGAUCCACUGAUGUACAACUCAACAUAUUAGAACUCUUUCUAGCACUUGUAAAGAAAUCCAGCUAUUCUAUUGGCAAAGAUAUCAUCAGUCGUAUGGAGCUGUACUUGUCAAAAAUAUCCCAAUCUGUUGAGAAAUAUUUUGAUCAAUGUAAUAAAACAACGCUAUGGUUCUUAUAUGUAGUAUCCCAGAAACAUAAAAUAAGCAAUCGUGUGUUGGAAAUUUUCUCUGAUUUCUCAAUCGCGGACGGUUCUAUUGUUGAGCAAAAUGUUUUAAAUAAUAACGCACUGCUGGUGAUUCGAUUAUUCGUUCAGAACAAGUCAACACAUGAAAAUGUACCAGAAAAAGUGAUACUGAAUCUCUCAACGUGUUUCAAGCGGGGCGCAUUCGGAAAUACACAAUUACUAGAAAGCUGUCUUCAAACGUUAUCUGCUUUAGCUGAUAAUGAAUUGGCAAUGGCACACCUGGAUGGAAAUCAGUUGAAAUACUAUCUAAAAGAUCGACAUUUAGAAGAAAAGCUACGAGCUAGUGUAAUAAUUCUCUUCGGAAACAUCUGCAAAGGGCACUGUACAUAUGUUGAUAAUGAAAUAAUCGAUGUUCUCAUCCAAAUGCAAGAUGACAAAAAACUCUCCAAAUCUUGCCUUUCCACGCUCAGCAAUAUUGCUCAGCGUCAACCGGAUUAUUUAUCUAAAUAUCCUCUUCAAAAAUUCGCAAUGAUUCUCAACCAAGAUAAGAAUAACAAGAAUUUACGUCAAGACGCUUGUUUAAUACUCGAUUGUGCGAUUCGAAAGCAAUUGCAUUUAACCAAACACGAGGUCGGUGCACUAGAACAUGCACUCAACGAUUCUGAUCGUAAACUAUCUCUCACCGCUCUCAUUGCAUUCCAACAUUUAUUCGAAAAUUACCACAACAAUACCGAUCUAAUCGGACAGUACGUGAACAAAGUUUGCAAAUGCGCCAUAGAUUUAAUAUUGAAAUCCAACGAAGAGUUUACUUUAAACGCAUCGAAACUGUUGGAAAUACUUCUUAAGUAUAAUUUGAAAGACAAAUUCAUCGAUGCCGAAAUCAAUGUUCUGCAUAGAGCACUACUAAAGAAUUCGAAUCAAGCAAUUAAUCGAUCGAUUUCAAGGUUAUUAACUCAAAUUCGCUCAAAACAACUGAAUUUUCCAUCGGAUACACGUCGUUUGAUUGAAAUAGAUCAAUUAACAAAUGAGUUCUUGCAGAAGAAACCGAUUAACCGGACGGAUUGCGACGAAUUUGAAAAGAAAUUAAAUGCAUAUUUUCAUGGAAACCUUCUUAGCAAUAGACCUAUCCCAAGUGCUCUAUUCGACGCUAUUGGGAUAAUAUUAAAAACGAACUCAUAUGAUUUCAAAACAACUUCCAUACUGCUACAGUUCGCGGAAAGCAGAAGAAGACUUCCGAGAACUUUCAUCGAAAUACUCGUUGAACAGUUUUCUAUAAGCAAACAAAUGAAUCGAUUGGAACGUUUCGUUCACAUUUUAUAUCUCACUUUUGUUACGAAUAAUCAGCCAUUGACUGAAAAGUUCCCUGGACAAUUUCGAGAAGUUUUUCUUCGAAAUCAAUUCUUCUCACAAUAUGCUCUGAAAAUGCUCGAUUUUCUAAUAAAACGAAAUCAAAUUCGAUUGGAUAGUUCAAUUUAUGACAAAUUAAUCAACUUAUUACAAACUUCAAUGGAUACUAAUCUUCUUGAAACAUUGGCUAUUGCCUUAGAAAACUCUUCUGCAACCGCUCAACUUCCAGUACAGCCAAUUUUGAAAAUAAUCGAAAAUAAUCUGCAAGUGAAAUCGUCCAGUGCGGAAAUUAAGUACUACUCUUGUUUAGCGAUAGAUUCGCUUCUUCAAUAUCGAAUUACUCUUUCGGAGGCAACAUUAAAUCUGCUGAAAACUUACGCAAGAGGUGAUGAUACUCAAUCAAUGAUUAAUCAGUCUUCGAAGAUGAGUUUACGAGAAAUCUCACUGUCUAUACUGGAAAAAUACUUUCGGGUAAACGAGAAAGUUCUUCCCGACGACAUUGAACACAUGGUGAAUCAAGAAGUUAGCGAAAAGGGACUUCUAGACCUAAACAAUCCGGUGACUCAAUUGGAAACAGCGAAGCAACUCUUGUCAUCCAUGGUUAAAAGCAGUAAAACGUCUUUAUCGAAAUCUCAAAUCGAAAUUUUAAUAAUAUGUUUGACUUCUCCGAAUUCAUCACGUGAAUUGAAAUUGACUCUUCUGAAAAUUUGUCAACUUACUCCAUCGAAUUUGAAUUCUGCACUCAUUCAAUUGAUUUUCAAGUUUAUUAAAGAUUCUCAGCUGGCCGAAGUUGUGAUUGAAAUCUAUAAAUCCUUGGUUGACAUGAAGACUUUAUUCCCCGACGAAAUCUUGAUUUCAUUAAUUCAUUUCCUAUCUGAAAGUUCCAAUGAAGUUUUCAAAGAGUCAGUUAUCGAAGGUUUGAAAAAAAUUAUCGCUUAUCAAAAGAAUAUCUCUAAGGAAUUACUCCAUCAAAUCGAAUUAGAAAUUCUUGUUAAAGAUCCCGAAAAGAAAACUAUCUUCCUUGAAAAAUGUUAUCAAGCGGUACGUAAUCGUCAGAAACUAUCUCGCAACAUCAUUCAAUCGUUGGAAAGUCUUGCGAAAGAUAUGGAAGGGAAAGUCUUCGAGAUCAUCGACUUAGCCAUACAAAAUGGUCAAAGGUUCUCAUUCACUUUUCUCCAUUCGAUUAGUCAGGAAAUCUUCAAAUCUUGUGAAGAUAAUGUCGAUGAAUCUCUUGAAAUUAUUCUUCGAGGUACACAGGAUGGUAAUCAAUUGAGUUCAAAAAUGAUCGAGUCUUUGAAGAGAAUUCUCAAAAAUCCCAAUCAACAACAACUUUUCACCAUUCUGAAAAUUCUAAGCAAUGAAGUGAAGCACACCUUAGCACUCGAUAUAGAUAUCAUUCGCAGUUUAGAAAACCUUCUUCAAGUUCAUCCUCUAUCAGUUUUACAUAUUCUCAAAUAUCUUCAGAGUUACCAGCCUUCACCGGAAUUCAUCACUAAUCUCAAUCGUUUGUCCCAAGAAUACUUCAGCGAUCAGCAAAUCAACGCCAUGUUUGAAGAAAUUGCCAAUCAGCCGUUGCAAGUUAACUUCCAUUUCAUGGAGAUUCUAUUCACUGUUGAAUAUAUUGAUGAGGAUAUUGAUAAAUAUUCCGAGUUGUAUUCAUUUCGUCAUUUAUUAUGCAAUGAUCUGAUCAUGCGCACGGAUCCCCACAACCAAUGCGUGAUGGACCAGUCGGAAUUCGAAGUCAAUUUGAGUAAUAUAGAACGACUCUUCUCCUGGGAGAGUUGUUCGUUUGAACGCGAUGAUUUUCUAAUGUUUUUAAUUCGAGAAUUUUCGACACUCUCUUUACGAACUAUCAAUAGUAUCUUAUUGUUACUGAAAUCCGGUCCUGAGGCGUUGCGCGCUCUAUUCAAGACUUCUUCUUUAAGAAACUUACAAAUCCAUUGGCUUAAUUCCAUCAUUGAUCGAUCUUCGUAUAUUAAACUAAAUGAAACAGUGAAAUUGGAUGGUGAUCAAGCAGAUAAAAUCAUUGAUUUACUAUUUGCGAAACUCGAAUUCAGUGUUUCAUUAAGUGAAUCUUUUCUACAACGUAUUUACGGCAUUGAAGAUUGGAAUCAGCUGAUCGAAUUCUUAAAUUUGAUUUUUGAGAAAAAAUUCUCCGAGAAAAUCAAUUUCAAUGAGUAUUUCACUCGUCAUGAUUCAGAAGAAAUCAUCGCGACGAAUCUGUAUUUCUGGAUGAUGGACAUCAAAUGUGAUUUCAUUCGAAACAGCAUUGCCAUUCUUUGUGAAGAACAUCAAAUUAACAAACCUACAACUCUAGAGAAUCUUUCGUCAGUGAUUCUUACAAUCCUUCUUCGGAAUUGGCCAUUCGAAGUCUUUGAACGAUUAAUAGAACUUUUAAAAUCAAGUCGAGAUCAAACAUUUGAACUCACUGUUGAGAAUUGCAUUGAAGCAUUAUUCGUGAUCAAUAAUUUUGCACUAGUGAAUGAUCAUGUCAUAAAAAUUGAAUCCAUAUUCCAAUCACAAAAAAGCAACGAUUGGCCAGUACUCAUACAUCAAUAUGCUGUAUCGGCCUUAUUCAAUCAGCAAGAUUGUGAGAAAACUUUGAAAGAACUGCUCAGCGAAAUCAAAAACGGUCAAGAAUUGAGUCUUUCAACUGAAACUCUUGAACAGACGUAUCGAGAAAUAGUCUCAAUCUAUAAUAAUGAUUCAAAAGUGCAUCCAAUCGGUAAAGCCAUAAACAACUGGGACGAAACUGAUGUCAAGAAAUGGUCGAUGACUUAUAAAGCAAGUGCAGAAAAACCUACGAACGAAGCAAUAUGUGUCAUUAAACGUGCAGUAUUUCUACACAAUUCAAAACAAAGUAUCGAACCUCGAACUAUUCAAAUCCUCAGCUUAUUACUAUUGUUACACGAAUCGGAAGGCAAGAACAAAAGAAUCGCUCGUUUAGCACAAAUUAAGACAGGUGAAGGGAAAAGCCUUAUUAUUGCCAUGUUUGCUGCAAUCAAGGCAUUGCACGGACAUCAAGUUGAUAUUAUUACCACGUCACCAUUAUUAGCAGAACGUGAUGCGAAGAGUAAGAAGACAUUUUAUAACAUGUUGCACCUCACUGUUGGAGAUAAUAAUGGUAUUGCAUCGCAAAAACCUUGUUAUAAAGAUGAUGUUGUGUAUGGAAGUGUGGAAAAUUUUCAAUUCGAUGUAUUACGAGAUGAAUACAGUUUACUCGAGACACGCUUUCAACGUCAAUUCGACAUUGCGAUUGUUGAUGAGGUUGAUAGUAUGUUUAUCGAUGGAAACUCCAGUUUUUGUUAUUUAGCAAGUAAAACACUAGUGAUCGAUGAAUUACAAAUAAUCUUCGUUCUUAUCUGGCAAGAACUAAAUCGCACAUGCGAACGACUUGUUCGAAUCGAUGACAAAUUGUAUUGCAUAACAGUACCAUUUCGGAGAGAUCACAAUGGAGAAAUUACUUUAUUAAAGCCAGAACAAAGCACUGCAAUAGAUGUCGGUGGUCAAGAUUCAGCAAAAGCGGAAGAUUAUUUUGAAGUUGAAGAUGAAUAUACAUUCAUUGAAAAUCACAUUACGGAUUAUGUCGAAAAUAUGUUGUUAAAACCCAACAAAAAGAAUGAAUGUCUUAUCUAUAUUCCCAAACACCUGAUUUCAUUUGUUUCUCAGCAAAUUCGAAAAUGGAUUUACAGUGCGUGGCAAGCGAAAUUUGUUCUUCAAGAAAAUAGGCAAUAUUUAAUAUCCGAAGGAGACAAUGGAAACAAAUCGAUUAUACCAAUCGACUAUCAAAGUACAGGUAUCAUACAAACGAACAGUACAUGGAGCGGCGGUUUACAGCAAUUUUUAGACAUCAAACAUCAAUUAAGGAUUCAUCCUGCAAAUUUAACAACAAAUUUCCUAUCCAAUGUGGCAUUUUUUAGUAAAUACAAACAUUUAUUUGGUUUAACUGGCACUCUGGGUGGACAAGAAUCAAAAAACAUCAUUCAGCAUAUUUAUAACGUUGAUUUUGUUGUUAUUCCACCGUAUAAACAUACGCAAUUUGUUGCUUAUCCAGAUCAAGUGCGUUUUUCCGAAGAUGCUUGGUUAAACGAGUGCGUUCGAUCAGUGUAUAUCGAAAGUAAGAUACAACAGCGGGCGGUACUAGUCAUAUGUGAAACAAGAUUAGAUGCAAUGCAAAUUCGCAAAACAUUAAUUGAGAAAGACAAACAAUUAGAAAGAAUGAUAAAACUCUACACACGAAGUGAUAAUGAUGAACGACGAGCCGUUGAGUAUGUGUUAGAUUGUGGAGAGAUUAUUAUUGCAACAAACCUUGCUGGCCGAGGCACUGAUAUUGAAACAACGCAUAAUGUGGAAAGAAAUGGCGGUUUGCAUGUUUUACUAACAUUUUUACCAAUGAAUACACGAGUGGAACAACAAGCAUUCGGUCGAACUUCCAGACAAGGAAAACGCGGCACUGCACAAUUAAUUGUGCUAUCAUUGGUUCCAAAUGAAACGAGUGAUGGGCAUGUCCAAGCACUGAAAAAGACUCGAGAUGAAAAAGAACAAUCACAAAUAGAACGCACAAAGUCUAUUGAUUUGAAACGAAUUCGACAACGUGAUGCAUUAUUUCAAAAGUUUUGUAAUUUCUUAAAAGAAUUACGUGAAAAAGAAAAUGAUAAAUGGAAAUUAAGGUCAGUCGAAGAAUUAUGGGCGUUUUGGCUUGAAACAAUUGAAGAUCUCAAUGAUGACUCAAUCCAAAAGAGCUUUGAAGAAUUUCGCACGAGAAUAUCCAACGAUUAUUCAUCCGAUGCCAUUUUUCACAAUCCGUUUUAUUUAAUUUCGAAAGGACUUGCUUGUUUAUCGAAAAAGAGAUACGAAAAGGCAAUAAAUUGCCUCCGAACGGCUGUUAAACUGGAUCUGGUGUAUACUGUUGCCGCACGUUAUAAUUUAGCUUAUGCAUUAAUGGUCAAAUCCAAGAAAGAGGAAGCAAAAGUUGAACUUCGAGAAGCUUUGAGAAUCAUUGAAAAUAUUUUCUUACCUCAACAGGAAACCAUGUUAGUGUCACUAAAAGUCCACCAAGAUGCGACAAGCAAUAGCGAUGUUGAAAAUCAAAUUAUGAAUCGACUUAACCUUUUAUUUUUAAGUAAAAACCACAUUGAACAAGCGAUCACUGUCCUUGAAGUGGCGGAAAGCAAGAAGCAUAAUAUUCGUUUACGACGCAAAAGUUUAGAAGAAUUCUUCAGUGAGAUUGAUCAUUUGAAAUUGGAUAUUGAGCAAUUCAAAGAGAGUGGUUUCGUGGCAUACUUUCAGUUGACUACAAGAGAACCGACACCAUGGUUGAGUAUCAUUACAGUUGCUAUGAUUGGUCUUGCACAAGCAGCUGCUGGUGCUGCUCUAAUCGUGUUCACAAGUGGCGCAGCUGCCAAUAUUGGUGUUAUGUUGUUGAGCGAAGGAGCUGGUGAUAUGAUACUUGCAAUAAAGUCUGCAGUUACGGGUGAAUUCAAUUGGAAACAAUAUGGAAUACACAAAGCGAUCAGUGUUACAGUGACCGUUGCAACAUGUGGAAUGGCAGCUUUGAAAGAGACGGGUUUAGCAAUCAGAUCAGGAAUGAAAGGCGCCUCUAAUGUGAUCCGAGCAGGAAAGAUUGUUGGUCAACAAUCAAUCGGACAGUAUAAUAGAGAAGGUUUCAAACUUCUUGGCAUGAAAAUGGUUGAGACGUUUGCGAAACAAGGUACUAAAGAACUUCUGAUAACUGCAGUCGAUCAAACAGUUUUAGCUGCGCUCAAUGAGAAAAUUAACAAAGAAUUCUCGGACGCGAUUCGAGAAAAAAUCAAGAAUGAAGUAUACGGCAACCAAACAAUUGAUCAAUUGUGUGUGCUUGCUGAUAAUUCAGAGCAAGUGAUUGAAGGUUUAGCCCGUCAAAUUUUAUAUAAUACUCGUGAUGAAUUUGUUGGUGUUGUCAAAGAGAUUGCUGUAGGUAUAUUGGGCCAAGUAACCAAAGGCACUAGUACAAUUGCUAUACAAGUAAUUACUGGCGGGAAAUGUCUCUACGAUUUGCUACAAUGUUGCAACAAAUUUGUGGUGAAACUUAGAAACGAAUUAGAAAAAUUAAAACAUAGACUGACGAUUGAUAAUUCACUGAAGACUAACUUAGAAGAUAUUAACAAAGAACAACUCAAGGAAAUCAUGGAUUCUUUGAAAAAGAACGGUUAUCUUUCAGAAGAUAAUAGUCAAGUUCUCAAACGACUUCAAUCAUCGAUAUUUCGAUCGAAAAAUAAUCCAAUUAAUAAUGAUAGAAUCAUCAAAAUCUGUAAUGACGUAUACGAUCGCGCUAUGAACAAACCCCAAAUUGAACUUAAAAAAAACUUAAUAACAAAGGUAUUAACUGAUGAAGUUGCUAAUUACAUGACAAGUCGUCUCAAUGCUGAACUGAUCAAGCCUGUCGCUCACAUUGCCAUAAACAUAGCCGUUGACAAGUGGUCAUCUGAAAUGGAACGUAUACUUGCUAGUAAGAAAGGAACAUUAACAGAACGAAUUGAAAAUCGUCGAAAUUUCAACAAAAUUAUUCAAGCUAGAGAUGAUGCUCAAAAUCGAUCAAAUGAACCGAUUGAUCCAUAUAUAGCAGAACUAGCUAAUAGUGUUGAAAAUGGUGCUUCCGGUGAUAUUAUGGAUAUUAUUGCGAUAAGUGAUAACCUUCAAUGUCCAAUAAAAGUUUUCCGUAAUGGAACAUUUGAUCUGACGAUUGGUGAAGAGUAUCGUGGAAAACAAUUAAGUGUGAAUUUUCAGGAAGGUGAACGUGGAAACAUUGGACAUUACACUAAUAUGAAUAGCGCCGUUCAUACUACUUCGACAGGUCGCUACAAUUGCUUAUUUGAUGUGCUUAGUGCACAAACGAAUAUGGACUCUAAUGAAUUGAGACAAAUGAAACUUAACGAGGCUAAGAAGCACCCUGAUAGAUAUCAGAAAAUGUUACGUUCUCGAAAUAGUUUUCGGCAAGAUCAGAAGAACAAUUUGAUAUACAUAGGUGGCAAGGAAAAUAAAAUUUCGGAAACGGAACGUCUAGCAGGCAGGCUUGAUAUAAUACUUCAAAGCAUUGAAAAUAGCAAGAUCAAAGUUACGAAUAAACAAAUUUUAGAAUUGAUCAAACAUGAUAUCACCACUGAAGACACUAAAAAGGGUAUAUACGGCAACAAGUAUGCAAAAAAAUUGUUUCACAGCUCCAUAAUACACCGCUUAGCUGAAUUUGAAAAACAGAAUUCCGACUUAUUUUCCAAACAGUUGUCACGCGGCGAACCAUCUUAUGACAUCGUUGCUCAGUUUUAUUUGUUACAGAAUAGUUGGAAAAGCGAAGUGACCCCUAUGGACAUGCCAGACUAUCAUUAUUCUCAGCUAAAUGUCAAUGCGAAGUUCUCAAGUUGUAGUACGGAUGCAGCUAAAGCUUAUCUACCUGGUGGACUACGAGAAAAGAUUGCAGAUAAAUGGAUCAAGACAGAAGGAACGCAAGCUAUCCAAGAAAUGGGACCAGCUUCGUUCCCAUUGCGAUAUUUUACUCAUAAAGGGCGAUUGGUGUCCAUCGACAAUAGAAUGCUCUUAGCCCAUCAGCUCAGUGGUUUCACUCCACAUAGAAUUGUUCCAAGUGUACCAAUUGAAUCAGAAAAAAAUAGAGUGCACAACCCAGGCAUACCCACUACCACACAGCCAAAAUAUGAUAAAAACAUAAACACAGAGCAUUAG